ACGUAUGUGGAAACGGGGCCAGGUGUUGUCACCAGCUCACCCUCGACCCUUCUGCCCCACCUACAUGAUUUGGACCUGAAUAUAUCCUACCCGGCCUGACCCAUACCCCUCUUAAUUCAAUUAACCCUCCCCUACACAUUUCCGAUUUACCUAUACCCACCCCUAGUUACCCACCUUACCCCAGACCUAUUCGUCUAAAACCUAUCCUUACCCUCUAUUUCCCUGACACCUUAAAUAUUCCCCAAGUACCCCAACACACCCCUCACCUCGCACACACUUGGUCUCGCCCGUCUGACGUCACCCCCACACCGCACAAAUGUUCUUCCGGACUUCACGUCGGGUCCUCCCGCAGCCCCCGGCACCCGGAAGCCAGCGCAACCGUAACAAUUGGCACGUGAGCUGUCUACUCAUCGAUGAAGGUCACGUGAGCGGUCCCCUCAUCAAUGAUUGGUUGGUAUCGGCUCGGUCCAAGAGAGGAGGAGGGAAGGGCCCAGAACGUAAAGGGGACGCGGCCCCUUUAAGGGCAGCCGUGGUUGCUCUUAUAUAGCUCCGAGUGACACCCUCACAUUCACAUAGACACUGUGUGUUCACCGCACCACCACGCCGACAAGGAGGGAAGUGUCUCCAAAUAGCAGCUCCACUCGGUCCGACAUCGCACGUAACCGGGCUCCCAGCGAGGGCUCACCUUGGGCACAGCCGUGCGGAGGAGCCCCUGAUGCGGUCUAGUCCUCACUAGACUCCCGUCCGCAGCACCGGAGCACCGCCCGACGGAGCCAUGAGACGAGCCCUGCAUUGAGGCGCUCCCGGCUGGGGGCCAUGGCCCAGUGAUGAACGGAGCAGGGGGCAGCCCAGACCUCUCCUCCUGCCCGCUGCCCGACUGGCGGGAGUUCUGCGAGCUCCACGCGCGCGCCUCCGCCUCGGACUUCGCCCACAAGUUCCAGCGCUUCCUGACGGAGAACCCCUGCUACGCGGCGCCCGGAGCCGACCUCAGCUUCUCCCAGCACUUCACCGCGCACUUCCUGGACUGCUUCUCGGCGGCGCUGAGCCAGGCGCGCGAGAGCCAGGCCGCGUCCCCCGGGGAGGAAGGCUCGGGGGCCCCUCCCAAGUACAGCAUCGUGCCCUUCCUGGGCAUCCAGGGCUGCCCCCUGUCCUACGGCCACGACCCCUACCAGCGCCGCAAGGACGCCGGGGCCUCCAGCGAAUCCCUGGACAGCAUGGACAGCCUGGGGGGCGGUGGGGGCGGGGACGGGGGCGGGGCCUCGUCCCGGGGCCCGCAGGUGCCCCACAAGACGCCGGCGCUGGGCCAGUCCCGCAGCUCGGAGGACGUGUCGGUGUCGCACCCCAAGGCGCGCUUCAAGAAGGGCUUCUCGCUGCGCAACAUGAGCCUGUGCGUGGUGGACGGCGUGAAGGAGAUCUGGCACCGCCGCGCCUCGCCGGAGCCCGACGCCACGGCCCCCACCCCCGGGGCCCGGCGGGCCAACGGCAGCGGGGGGCCGGGGGGGGAGGCGGCGGCGGCGGGCGGGGAGCGGUGGGCCCAGAAGCUGCGUCUGCCGCGCGGGGGGGCGGGCCACCGGGCGGAGCUGCUGGAGGUGCAGCGGGAGGGGGCGCUGCGCUACAUGGUGGCCGACGACAGCAGCUGCGUCGGGGGCGCGGCCCAGUGGCUGAAGUGCCGGCUGCUGCUGAGGAAGACCAAGCGGGAGGAAGAGCGGGACAAGUUCUACCUGGAGUUCUACGUGCCGCCCAAGUCGUCGAAGCCCAAGGUGAGCAUCCCUCUGUCGGCCAUCGUGGAGGUGCGGACCACCAUGCCUCUGGAGAUGCCCGACAAAGACAACACCUUCGUCCUCAAGGUGGAGAACGGCGCAGAGUACAUCCUGGAGACCAUCGACUCUCUGCAGAAGAACUCGUGGGUCGCCGACAUCCAGGACUGCAUCGACCCAGGCCUGCUGCUUGUUGACAGGGACAGCGGGGAUGACAUCGAGCUGGCAUCCUGCCCCCACGGACAGACGGCCAAGGACUGCUCCAUGGUGGCCUCCUGCAGCUGUGAGCUGCUAUCGGAGGGCGUCUACCGGCCACCCGAGAGGCCCUGCAGCGCGGCCGCUGAGCCCCACAGCGCCCCCUCAGUCCGCUGCCGGGAGUCGCCCUUCACCCAGCACCCCUCCCACAUGCCGCUGGAGCGCUUCCUCCAGUCCCCCGAGGCCCAGAGCUCAGGCGGUGCGGGCGCGGACCGGGCCAAGGAGCCGGCGCUGGAGGACGGCUCCAGCCUCAGCUGCUACCCCUGGUUCCACGGGACGCUGUCCCGCGUGCGCGCUGCCCAGCUGGUGCUCGCCGGCGGCGCCCGCAGCCACGGCCUGUUCGUGAUCCGGCAGAGCGAGACGCGGCCCGGGGAGUACGUCCUCACCUUCAACUUCCAGGGCAAGGCCAAGCACCUGCGUCUGUCGGUGAAUGAGAGCGGCCAGUGCCACGUGCACCACCUGUGGUUCCACACCGUCUCCGACAUGCUGCGCCACUUCCACGCCCACCCCAUCCCGCUGGAGUCGGGCGGCUCCGCCGACAUCACCCUGCGCUCCUACGUACAGGUGACGCGCUGCCCCACCGCAGACCUGCCCUCUGUCCCCCCUGUCCUCGCCCCACCCAGAGACCCGGGCUGCCGGAGUGACCCCCCCCAGCCCGGCCUGCACCUCCCCGGGGUCCCCCCGCCGGGCGACGCCCCCCUCUCCACCAGCUCCUCCUCCUCGCCCACCGCCCUUCCUGCCCUCUCCCGCAGUGACCCGGGUACCGGAGGAGGAGGAGGAGGAACAGGAGGAGGAGGAGGAGGAGCAGGAGGAGGAGGAGCAGGAGGAGGAGGAGCAGGAGGAGGAGGAGGAGGAGGGGGAGGGCUGCACAGCAGGAGCAACAGCUCCGAGCGUCUGCUGGAGGCCUCUAGCGGCGCCUCGGAGGACUACCACGACACCGAGGGCAACCGCCGAACACGGGCCGUGGAGAACCAGUACUCCUUCUACUGAGGGCCCGGCCGGGGGCCAGGGAGACGGGUUCUAGAGGGGGGGGGGGGGGGCAACCCCCGACAUCCCGACGGCCGGGGGGCGAGGAGGGAGGCGUCGGUGCUGGUUACGUUCCAGAACCCCGUUUGGUUCGCCUUUGUUGGUUUGUUUUGGUGUCCCCCCCCCCCCCCCCCCCCCCCCCCCCCCCCCCAGCGGCAGAGCGCUCAAAGGUCGCACGGUGCAGAUGUGGAGGUUCAGCUGAGGAAGUCGUCCUCUGGAGUCAUAUGGCAUGGAUUAGCCUCGUCACACCCACUUCCUGGACACGCCUACCCACAAUCCCCCAGGAGCGUGGCCUGUGGCCCGGACUGAGUGGAGAGCCCCCCCCCCCCCCCCCCCCCCAUGUUUGUGAAGCUGCUCUCGUUCCGCUCCGGACGUCUCCCUGUGGACGGUUGUUAGUGCCCCGCUGGAGGUCACGUCAACACCGGGCCCGACGGCGUGGUCCUCCCGCCCCAGCUGGCCCCCCUCCCCGCGGUGCCGAGAGGGUCCCGGCGCCUUCAGAGGAGCCUGGAUCCAGUGGGGCUGAUGGGGACACAUCAUAGCACCAGGUGGGAGUGUGGUCAGCCGCCUCAAGCCGUUGGACGAUGGAUCCGUCUACCAGCCUACCCAGUGGACCGUAGCGAACGUUGCUCGUCUAUCCGUCAACGACGUAACGGCUCAUCCUACUCGCACCUGGUGGUUUAAUCCGUCACCUUCAACAAGGGGGGGCCACACUGCCACGCAGAGUAACACCGUGGGUGAUGACGAUGCUGAUUAAUUGUAACGUAACAUCUGAAUACGCAGAGGGCUCACACCACCAUGGUGCAGAACUGAGAAGGUAUCAAUCAGGCCGGUCGGUUAAAUAUGAAUCAGCUUCUGCAUCACAGUCCGGAGAGCCAGCGUCUCUCAAACCGUCUCAUUCAUGAAGAACCCGUCAGCGCCUGGGAGCGUCCAUCGGGCUGAGCCUCUCGUCGUGAUCAUGGAAGCAUUAAGAGACUCAAGAUGGUUUCCCUCCAUGAGCAGAGUGGAGCUCCGAGGCCCGGACCCAGCCUCAGGGCCAAAGGGGAUCCACUCCCGGGUACAAACCAGUGUGUGGGGGGGUUGACUAAGAACCGGACUCGUUACUGAUGGACGUGCUCCUGAAGCGUCCCCCCGUCCCAGGCAGGGUCGGUCCCCCCUCCGGUGGGAUGAGCAGCCGAGAGACCCCCCCAGGGUUGCCAGAUUGGACGGGAAAUCUGGGCCAAUCUGGGAACACGGCCUGCGUGUCUAGAAGGGAGGCCUUGAGAGCUCCGGUGCACCUCACCCAGCAGAAGGCAGGGAGAUGGACGGACUCAGAGUGGGGACCCCCGGAGUGGGGACCCCCGGAGUGGGUCUGCUGGGGGGCCACAGUACAGUAACAAUAGGGCCGUGCUGGAAAGAUCCGUGGAUCUCUAUUGAGGAGUCUUUUUGUUUUAGUUUGAAAAAAACACCUUCACCUGACUCUCUGGGUCCAGGACUUUUAUGCAAUGGAAAAAUAAACUCACUUUUGCACCUUUGUAAAGCAUUUGAACCCCCGCCCCGCCCCCACCCCCACCCCCCUCCACCCCUUCCCGCGAUACAGCCGUCCCAGAAGCAGUGCACCUUGGCUUAAUGUAGGGUUAGAUGGAAUAGAGGUACAUGCUUUCCACAGCAGUUUUUGUUUUGGAUAGGCUAAACUUGCACAAGUGAAUUUACAAAUGUUGCUGGUUACAGGCAGGUGUGUAUAUAUAUAUAUAUAUAUAUAUAUAUAUAUAUAUAUAUAUAUAUACCGGCUUUAAAACAAAGAGCACAUGAGUUGGAACGACCGCACCAUGGAGAUGCUUCUGUCUUUUCGACCAGGGUCACGUAGUUCCCGUUUAGGGGAUGGAAGUCUUCAGUCCUGUCAGACUCACCGGGAGCUGCAGAGACAGCUAUAUGUGCCAAUUGAAAUCCUAUUUUUUGAAGUAUUUAUUUCUCGACAGUUUUAAAAGACUUUUUCCAAUCUAGUUUUAUUUAUGUACAAUUUGAUUCUCCGUGAAGAAAUCUCCUCGGUUGGUCACUAGAGAAGAUGGGUCAUUUUCUUUUCCUAACACUAGAGCUGAUUUCUGUUGUUUGGCUGAGUUUUGAAAAGUCUGUGCAGUUUUGUACAAAGUGAUGUACUUGACAUUCUACUUUAUAUUUCUGUGAAUAAAACGUGAUCGAACUGUA